AUGAACGACUCCCUGCUUUAUCAAAAAUCCAGGAUCAAGUGGUUGAAAGAAGGUGACGCGAAUACUAAGUAUAUCCAUUUUGUAGUUAAAGGGAGAAGCAGAGAGAAUAAUUUGGUAGGAUUGGAACUUGCUUCUGGUUGGACGGAAGAUAUUGAACAGGUGAAAAGGGGCGUUAAAACAUUUUUUGAGAUUAAAUUCAGGAAACAGCAUGGUCUGAGGCCUUCUCUUGAUGUGACAAGAGCCCUGUCCCAGAUGGGUUCAAUUUUAGAGGAGCUCAAAGAGGACUUUCAGAGAAUUGCAAACGAAUUUCGUCAUUCUGGUAUGUGGCCUAAGGGUCGCAAUGCCUCAUUUAUUGCGUUAAGAGGUUACAGGGCAUCCUUGGUAUUUGGUAAGGUCAUUGAUGAGGAUCAAUCUGCUUUCUUGGGGGGUCGUUACAUGCAUGAUAGUGUGAUUGUAGCAAAUGAAGUGAUUCACGAAGCGAGGAGAAAGAAGAAGGCCACAUUGAUCUUUAAGGAUGACUUUGAAAAGGCAUAUGACUCCAUUGAUAGGGAGUUCUUCAUCUACAUGAUGCAAUGUUUGAAAUUCAGCGAGCAAUGGAUUCUUUGGAUGAGAAGUUGUUUGGAGUCUACCUCCAUUUCAAUUAUUGUGAAUGGAAGCCCAACUGAUGAAUUUUCCUGA